GAUUUCGAAACUAUUUCAAGGGGAUUCUAUAUCCAUCCAAAUACACUUAUUCCCACCAUUGGAUGCACUGGUCCAGGGAUCCCAGCAUUUGUAGUCAACAUUCCAGUUAAUGAGGUUUUCUUUGAUCCAGCAACAAUCUCACCUCCUGCUAGAUACAUUCCUGCAAUUCCAGCUGGAAUCAAUCCUGGUGUUGUUUUCACUAUCAAUCUUUAUAACAUUCAACAAGAAGUUUUAAUGUUAUAA